AUUCUGAACCUCGUGACUCAACAGGAGGGUCCUCCUUAUCCCCUGCACCCACGAUCUCUCUGUGAAUCUCACUCCAGUGUAACUUACUUUUCCUUUGUGUACUUCUUCCAUGCAGUAAUAAAGUGAACCUUGCCAUCUUUGAAUUUUUAAAUAAGUUGCUGUUUUGAUUAAUUUUGUCUAAUCACUUUGUAAAUCGUCUGAUGAUUGAGUGCUAUUAAAAUGUCACAAUCAAAUCCCAUGAUUGCCACAAGUAAAUUCUAAACUGUUACUAAAUCAAAUUGUGUAAAGUCACUCGUUCAUGACAAAUUAACAUAGUCAAUGGGAUUCUAAAUCAGCAUUCGUGGCAACGGGCUGCAUUCAAAUGCAGACCCAAACUUCCUGCCUUUGUUUACCUUUCUUUUCAUUUCAGUCUGAAAAAACAAGGCAUUUUGCCUGCCCUGGAUCCUUACAAGAACAGAGAGCAUCAUGCUGAAGCUCCAUCUUAAUGCUUUUGUUAAUUAUGUUCUUGGAGCAGGUUCUGGUUUAAAAGGUGACUCAAAAAGAAGUGAUAUAAUUAAGACUGCUUAUUGAAUUCAGAGCUAUAAAAAUAAUAUAAGAAAAUUAUUUUGCCUCCUGUUUUCUCUCCAGAAGUAAAAUCAGCUUAGAGAAAAAUUUUCCCAAAGGAGAUUCAUUACAUGCUUCAGAAGUUAUUUGCUAAGACUGAAGAGGUUACUGUCAUAAAAUCCUGCAACCCAAUUCAUUAGCAUAGACAUACUUGACUCCCAGUUCUCUGCAGAAAAGCCCUUUUUACACUAAGAUGCCAACAUACAGUUUUCAGGCCUGAUUGAUAGACAAGGAUUUUUACACCAUAUUUAGCAUGAAGGUUUUAUGAGGAUAUUAUGGAUACACCAUGAAUAUGCAGUGAAUGUUACUCCUCGUGCCCAUCUGUGUAACAAAACUUUAAGCACCCUUUACUCCCAGCUUUUCCCUCACGCCUUCACUUUGCAUACAGGUAAAAUAUAAUGCAAGAAAUAGAUGCAGCUAGAGAUAUUUCUGCUCUGAAAAAAAUCUAUCACCUGCACAGCGAGGCAGGAAGGAUAGCCCAGACAUUACACUGUAUUUCCAGUCUGUUGAUAUUAUUUGGCAAAUGGGAGACUCUGAACUUUACACACAAGAGCAAGAACAGCUACCACAGAAAUUCCUCUCUUGCAAUUCCCUUCUGACUCACCCUGUCACCACAGCGUGACUCAUCAUGUCUGGGCAAGUGCUCUGUUAAGGAGAAUUACUCGUUGAAGAUGUUUAAGAACUACAGCUCAGCACUGGAGCAAGGCACUGUGAAGAGCUUAGAGAUGGAGAGUGAGGAUGGGUAAGCCACUUCUGCAGAGUGACUUCUGUCUAAAGUUCAACAGCUCCUCAGUAUAGUCUGGUCUUUCUCUGACACAGGCUGAGCAAUCACGAAAUGACUGCCAACCAAGCUCCUGGCGUCACCGUCCUUCCAGCUCAGCUUUCCCCCUCCUAGUAUUUAUUUCAGUGAAUUUUUGUAAAAUUAUUUCAUUUUUCAUUUAUUUCAUAACAGCGUAUGGAUAUUCAGCCUAUUGCUUUCAGUGCAGCUGGUGUGUUGCAUUUGUGCCCUGACACAUGAACUUUUGGUAGUUCAAGGUAUGAUCUUUCACACCUUAACUCAAAAUAGCAACUAAUUCUGGAGUAUCACAUUUUAAGGUGGUAGAAUAUCCUGAUGUUUGCUGUAUUUACAGGAUCAGAUCAGGUGGAUAGUUAAAUGAAACAGUCUUAGGUUCCAGUCAGGAACCAAGACUCCUGAUCUUCACAUUCAGGAAGAAAACACCCAUGCUUGACAGUGCCACUUUAAUUCCUUAACAUGCUUUCAAUAUUCUACACUUUUACAAUGACAGAGUAAUCAGAACAGAGCCAGCUUCCUCUGUGGUUUCACUGGAAAUGCUGAAACACGAACCAUUCCUGUCGCCUCAGCACUGGUCUCCCUGCAGUGUGCUCCUACUCCCAAAGUACUGCUAUUGCAGGGAAGAAGUGUGAUGAGCUGGAGAUGGAGGAUGAGGAAGGCUACACCGCUUUAAAUUUACGACCCUCACCUUCAGUUAUUACUCCUGGAUAUUCGAGCAGCAAAAAAUCUUCUGCAUUUAAGGCUCCAGCCAGUUGUGUUACAGUAGACAGAGCCUCUGCCUCAUCUUCCAUAUGGCAGCCAGUGGCAUUUGCUUUCCUCACUUUGUGCCUGGUGUUGCUGACAGGGCUGGUAGCCCUGCUGGCCCUCUUUUUUCAGGUUUCUAAGGAUCCUGAGGAAGGAAAGAAGCUGCAGGAAAUGAGGGAAGCAUUGUGUUUUGAAGGGAAGGAGAAAAAUGAAACAAAUUGUGCUCUCUGUCCAGCAAGCUGGCAAAACAGUGGAGCUGACAACUGCUUCUACAUUUCAAAGCAGAAGAAAACAUGGAAGCAAAGCCAGAAGUUCUGCUCCUCAAGAAACUCCACUCUUCUUGUGCUAAAAGACAGAUCAAAGAUGGUUUUUCUGCCACAGGUUUCAGAGUUUUACUGGGUUGGAUUAUCAUUUGUAUCUCAAAGGAGCGCCUGGUACUGGGAGGAUGGAACAGCUUUUUCAAAAGAAGCGACAAAUUGCUUCCUCAGAAUGGCGAUUCAAAUGGACCUGUCAUUACAGACUAAACCUCCUCUUAGUCUGCAUUUUCCCCACCCCAGGCUCACAAAUGAGAGAGAGAAAAAAAACCUACAAAGCUAAAAACUACAAGCCUAGGAAGCAACUUGAAAGAAUAAACUACAGUCAAGCAAUGAUUCUUGCGUAACUCUCUAGAUUGGCAACCACACAUUCUCACAGAUCUCUAUAUUCCUUGAGCUUCAGUCAGUACUUCACACUAACACAUGCCAGUCAUAAACCAGUCCAGCUACAUCCUUGAUGAUUGUACUCACUGAAUUACUUACUGUACGCACUAACUACUGUCCAUCCAUAAUCCUCUUCCAGAGCAGUUUGCCUUCUUUCCUAAAUCUGUUCUUCCAACUGUUCCCCUGUCUGAGGUACAGGGAUAUGGAAAGAACACAGGGCUCUAUUUAUCCAUAUAAUUAUUUUUAUAUAUGCAUUAAUAUUUAUAGAAACAAAAGGACAUUUGUGCGAAGACUAUAGGGAACCCUUGGAAGCAAUUUCUGUGAAAAGUAGAGCCAAACAUCAUGGUUGGAUUAAAUCAUUACCUCAAAAACAUCAGUGCUAUCAUAACAUUAAUUGCUAUGCAAAUAACAGUGAGGAUAAUAAUUAUGUGCUCCGUUCAGAGCUACACACAAUCAGUACUCAAACUGAUGCAGAAUCCAUUGCCACAGAUCUUACUUGAGCUCUUGUAUUAUACCCACACUGCUUGGGAUCUCUGGAGCCCAAGGUACACACAUCACGUGUUAUUAAAGCACUUGUCAUACUUGAAGGAAAAAGAUGCCUCCACUUUUCUGAGUAGAGUUUCAUUGCAUGAGUUCUUUGAAGUUUUGUGUGCCAGAAUCUGUGUUGUAUUAUAUAUACAUAUACUCCUGGUAUAUAUAUGCACCUUGUACUUGUGUAUAGUACUAUGCCUUAGUAUCUUGAAACUUUCCUUAAAAUAAACAAAAAAUAAUAAUAUGUCUUUAAUAUGCAAUAUUUCCUUGGAAAAUAUUCUCAAAGACUGAAGCAGUUCCUUGGUAAAAAAAUGAAACCCUGUUCCUAAUAUGCUGACAGAUGUCUGUGAACUGACUAAAUUCACUAUACUCAGUACAGCAAAGUCAUAAUUCAUGAGCACAACUAACAGUUGAACUAUCUAAAAUUCCUUACUACUGCAGUAGGAAGUGCAAGGUACAAUGCAAGUAAGGUGCAAUGUUUCAUCUGUUUCAACAC